AUGAAUCAGUACAUUGAGUUGGAUAAAGGAUCAUAUUUAGCUUAUGAAAUGAGAAUUAAUGGAUUUGCUCUGUUUGGUAAUCUGUCUAGAAGACACAGAGGUGAAGAAACUCCAAUCAAAAGGCUUGGCCCGGAAGGGGUAAAAAAUUCUAAAGGGAUACAAGCAAAAGCAGAAGAGAAAGUAGUCCAGACCAAUGACAAGCUGUCUUCUAAUGAGUUGAAGGCUUUCGUACUACCUUCAAAUCAGCAAGAGAAAAAGAAAGUGAUUGGGAAGAAAGUUGAUAGGAUACAGAAGGUGGCACUGCGAGCAAAGAAACCAGAAGAAAUGGAGAAAGUGAAAUCCAAAGCUGUUUCUAAGUCCCAUGAUGAAGCCAAAGUGACCUCCACAAAACAAAGAAAACCUGAGACGGGGUCAAUCAUUGCAAAGAGCUGUAUUUCCCAGCAAAAAUCCACCUCCUCAAGCGGCAAUUCAAAACAUACAACACCAGCCAUAUCGUGUAAUCGUGGUGAUCGGGAAAAGAAUCUGAAUAAUGAGAAGCCAAGCAAGGAGCCCUUGGCAGCUAAUUCUGUUGUUGAAAAUGUGGGAUGCAAGUAUGGUGACAAGUCAAUUGACUGUAGUUGUGAAAAUGAAUCCGAUAUGACAAGAACUGGCACUACAACUGCAGAUCAACUCCUUCCUAAAGAAAUGACAGAUUCCUCUGAAUUUCAGAGUAAAGACCAGUAUGAUAGCCACCAGAGUUCUGUCUGCAAUGUUAUACCACAGACUACCCAACAAGAAAGCCUCACCAAAUCAUCUGAAGAAGCUAACCAUUGCAUCAAUAGUACUGAGAAGAAAUGCUUCAGAACAGAAACUAAUGUCGAAGAUUUGCUUUUGAGUAGUUCAUUGUUCCUCAGUUAUGCGGAGGAGCAGUUUAAUAUCAAUGACAAACAUGCGAUAGUUUUACAGAAAACUAGUCUAUACUUUUUGUGUUAUGUGAAGCUUUUAAAAGAAUAA